GUCUCUCUCCUUUCUCUCUCUCUCUCUAUCAAUCGAAUCAUCAAAUUACUAUGAGCACUCAAUUAUUUCCCCUAAUUGCAAAAACCCUAAAUACCGAAAUUGACUUGCAGAGGUAAUCGUUAAUCAGGAUGUUCCAUUGAUCUUCCAUCCAAGCAAUUUUCUUAUGCCCCCUCCUCCUCCAUCUUAAACCCAAGAAAGAAAGAAAGAAAAAACCUCCAUUAAUAUCGUUAUCAUCUUCGUUUCAUCAUCAUCGCCUCGCCCCUCUGCUGCUUCGUCUCCCUUCAAUUCAUCCACCAGCUUCGUCCAGUUCUGCCUCCCUCUUCCCCACCUCAAAGCUUCUUCCUUGUGCCCGAAGCUCAAUUCCCCAGCUUAGGGUUCCCGAUUUUGGUCUGACGAUGGCGCAGUCGGGAGGGAGGGGCAGGGUGGUCGGUAACUACCAGGUUGGCCGGCAAAUCGGGUCGGGGUCGUUCUCGGUGGUUUGGCACGCGAGGCACCGGGUCCAUGGCACUGAGGUGGCCAUCAAGGAGAUCGCCACCGGCCGGCUCAGCAAGAAGCUCCAGGAGAGCCUCAUGUCCGAGAUUUUCAUACUCGAGAAGAUCAACCACCCCAGCAUCAUCCGGCUGCACGAGAUUAUUGAGGUUCCUGGAAAGAUACAUCUUGUUCUGGAGUACUGCAGAGGGGGUGACCUGUCUAUGUAUAUACAACGCCAUGGAAGAGUUCCAGAAGAGAUUGCCAAACACUUCAUGCAGCAGCUAGCAACUGGCCUUCAAAUUCUUCGUGACAAUAAUCUUAUACACCGUGAUCUAAAGCCACAGAAUCUCCUUCUAUCUACUAGUGAUGAUCAUUCAGUUCUAAAGAUUGCAGAUUUUGGAUUUGCCAGAUCCUUGCAGCCAAGGGGUUUGGCAGAAACUUUGUGUGGUUCACCUCUUUACAUGGCGCCAGAGAUAAUGCAACUUCAGAAAUAUGAUGCCAAAGCAGAUCUCUGGAGUGUGGGUGCAAUCUUAUUUCAGCUAGUGACUGGAAAAACCCCGUUUACUGGAAGCACUCAAAUACAGUUGCUUCAGAACAUUAUAAAAUCAAAUGAGUUGCAUUUUCCUCCUGAAAGUAAAGAUCUGAGUUUUGACUGCAAAGAUUUGUGCCAAAAGUUGCUCCGGCGUAAUCCAGUUGAAAGGUUGACGUUUGAGGAAUUUUUUAACCAUUCAUUUCUCUCCCGGAAAGUGCUUGAUGGAUCAUCAAGGAGUAGGAAGUCAUCCAAUAGUGUUGAUUGCUAUCCUCUGUCUGAGCCUGAUCCUGUGAAGACAGAGGAAUCUUCUCAUGAUGAGUGCCUUCCCUUUUUCCUAGAAGAUGAGUGUAGUGGUUCUGGUGGGAGUCCUUCCUUUUCAAAGAGGUCACCUGUGGAGCCUUCUAAAGGAUCUGUUCAUAACAGAGUUGAUAAACAAGAAAUAGCAAUUAAUACUUAUAAUGAGCUGGAUCGUCCUUCCACUUCCAGAUAUAGCAGCACUUCUGCUGUGAAUAAGGCUAGUUUUAGGGUUGGAAUUCAUAGACCUGAUGCAAUUCGGGAUGAUCCCUUAAGUUCUGAAGAUCAACCAGCAGUGGAACCACUUUCAAGAGUUGCAGACUCAUUGGAGUUGAUUGAUCAGGACUAUGUUAUUGUGUCUGGACCUCCAAUGGAUGUCUCUUCUCAGUCGACAAGUGCCUCCAAACCAAGCCAUGAAAAAUAUCAAAGCCCACCGCAAACAUCAGCAAAGAUCAUGCCCCCAUCAAGUGCUCCAGUACCAAUUAUUGGUGCCACUAACAUUAAUACACAACGCGUUGGAAGCCUUGAUAGUUAUGGUUAUGCUCCUGGGACUUCCCUUGAAUCCAUGGACAUUGGAGAUGUAUUAGAAAAACCAUCAAUGCACUGUAUGACAAGGAUCAAAUCAUUGCAGCAGUGUGCUUCUUCUAUCGAAGAAUUAGUGAAUGAAAAGAUCAAGGCUGGGAGGCACUUGGAGGCAUUCUCCAUUCAGCUCGUGAUUCUCGCUAUCUGGAAGCAAGCAUUAGACAUAUGCCACACUCAGGCUGCAUCUGCUAUGGAAGGAAGUCCAAGCCAUGGGUCUACAAGACUAAAGAGGAGCUCCGAAAAGAAGCGUGAAAGUCCUGACUCGGGAGGAUCUCUCAAUGUUGUCAAUAAUUUAAGACCAGAGGACAUUUCCCCUCAAAUCGAAGGGGAAUUUCUGCGAGAAGUUGAACAUGCUGAGCAACUUGCAAAGAUUAUUGAGCCUGGAAGUACAGAGAUGCCUGAUGCAAUGGAGAUGAUUUUCCAAUCAGCUCUUGAUCUGGGCAGACGCGGGGGUGUCGAUGAGCUGAUGGGCAAUGCAGAAACCGCAGAAUCUUUGUACUCAAAGGCAGUACGCCUGCUAGUCUUUCUUUUGGUGGAAGCACCUUCUUUAAUCCUUAACCCCCCAUUCUCUCUCACUAACUCUGACAGAUAUAGGCUCCGGAAUUACAUCGAGAUUCUUAACAGCAGGCAAUGCCAUCUAAGGUCGAUAGGGGUGGUUCGUCUUUAGUGCGACGACCAGCAGUGCCCCACCUAAGGGACGGGAAAAGGAAAAUCUGAAGAGAGACUUGCGUUCUCCUUUUCCUUAAUCCUUUAAUGACUUUGCCCUGCUGCUGUGUAAAAUGUUAUUCGAUUUGUACAGCUAAUUCUUUGAGCAGAGGACUGGUAUUUUAAUUAGUCACUGGUGGUUGUGGCGGAGGUGAAGAAUGUGAAGUUUGGAUUUCUUCCGUGGUUUAAAAGGAAACAACAAAAAAUGUGCAUUCUUUGUUCGAUUCUUAUCGUCGAUUGAGUUACUAUAAUUCCAUAGUCCUUUGUAUAUAAAGUUGGAGGACCAUUGUUCGUUUAUCUUCGAUGGACUUAUUGGAAGGAUGGAUGGAUUUAAUCUUACUAAAAAUUUAUUCGAUUGUUAGCCUUUUCCUACGUAUGGGGGAUCUUCAUUUAUGUAAACAAGAUUUAUGUCAAUGCAUAUGCAGUUCCGUUA